UAUUUCGGAGCGGCACAAAAUGGCUGGCUUUAGGACCGCCUGCAUCAGCUGGCAUCAUUCGCGCAAGUUUGACUAGGCUAACAUAACAUUGUUAUGGUUUUACUCUAUUUAACAAACAAGUUGCACACUUGCCUGGAAAGGAAACAUGGAAAUUACUCCCCACGCUAUUCCUUGUCUGAUGAAGCGGUUCGUUUUGACGGUCUGUGUGUGUACUGUGGCUGUCUGACGGGCGGCGCUAGGACCAUGAUGACGACAUUUACAGCGAGCCAAAAGUGAAACUGCCUCUGUAUCUGCUACUCUUCUAAUUGCAUGGACCUACUCCCCAUCUGCUAUUUUCCCCCCAAUGGAUUCCCUUUGGACUUAAAGAACUGUUCUCUAUUGUGAAUCAAAUGCAUCGCCCUCCUGCUCAUUCAUACACUUCAUAUUCAGUGCGCUUGUUUCAAUCUGCAUUGUCAUGGCUCAGCACGACACCGCACGGGCGACCGGCUAUCCGUGCAAACAGUGCGGGCUGGCGUUUCCCAACAUGCCCGAUCUACUUGAGCACAUGGACGCUCACCUGGACCAAGAGGAGGAGCGCAAAUACAAAUGCGAUGAAUGUGGGCGCGGAUACAGACACGCCGGUAGCCUCACCAACCACAAAAAGGCUCAUGACGUGGGGUCCUUUCAGUGCAGCGUAUGUGGCAAGGAGAACCCUAACGCUUUGGCUUUGAAAAACCACAUGCGUAGUCACACAUCGCAGAAAAAGUACGCCUGCUUAGAAUGCGGGAAAGCCUUUCGCCUGGCGACGCAACUUGCCACACAUGAGAGGGUUCACCUCAUCGUGCAAGAAAAGUGCGAAGACGUAGAGAAUGAAACCUCUGAUAGUGAAGACAAGACAGAGGUGUUUAAUCCGCCAUGUGACACCGCUGACGACGGCGACGGCGGCGGCGACCGACCUUUCAAAUGCGACUUGUGUGACAAAACCUACAUCCACCAUCGCAGCUUGAGCAACCACAAGAAGACCCAUCAAGUGGGGAUGUUUGAGUGCACUGUAUGUUUCAAACUGUUCAACAACAUGGCUGCACUCUACAACCACCAGAGGACUCACAAGGUCCGAAACGGCAGCAAUAGCGGCUCAGUGUCUGACCUCUACACCAACUCCACACUGGAGCAGUUUUCUCCUCAGAGUCACGAUGCUCCUGUUAAUUUCUGCCAUUUAUGUCAGGUUCCGUUUCCAAGCGAUGAGGAGUUCCAGGAGCACAUCCAAAUGCAUAACUCAUCAUCCGCAUCAUUUGGGCUGCCAGAUAACGCGGCAGAGAGCCAGGAUGUGACGUAUGACAGCACGGCUAAAUCAAGCUAUUUUGCACAUCCUAUAACUAAUCCUUCUUUGUCACUAGUAGAUAAGAGUCAAGGUUUUAAUGGCCUCAUGUAUUCAGACUGCGGCAAUAAUUCAGCACCUCAGGGAGAACCCUCGCUCACGAGUGAUGACGUUCCCGCUCUGGCACUGAAUGUAUCUGACUCAAACGCUGUUGAAUCUGCCGAGCGUCCCUUCAGGUGUCAGAUCUGCGGCAAAAGCUACCGCCACUCCGGAAGCCUCAUCAACCACAAAAGGUCACAUCAGGUCGGGAUUUACCACUGCUCAGUCUGCAAGAAGAGCUACCCUCACCUGGCUGCACUCAAAAGUCAUCUUCGCCUCCAUAAAGGUCAGAAAUCCUUAGGCCUCAACGGGGAUGAGGAUUGGCUCUCCUUAGAACCCUUCACUCUGGACGACCAGCAGGGAUUAUUCCCCUCACAGGAGGAGGAAGAGGAAGACCUCGCAAGCCUGGGUGUCGAUCAGGAGAACGGGGCCAUGUAUAGCGAGCCGUUUAAUCAGGAAUUACCUCCGGAUAUGAGCGCACAGCUACCUCACAGCGAGCACUUGAUGCAGAGGCACAUGUGUGCUGACUGCGGUGAGACGUUUGCAGACAUCGCUGGGAUUAUUGCUCACAGUUGCUCUUUACUGCAACAGGCAGACACCAAGGGGACCUUCCAGGACAGCACCGAUAUGUCAUUUCAUGGACAGAACGAAGCCAAUCAUCAGGGUUACUUUGAUCAAGAAAGUAUGAGCAACGACCGGCUGAAUGGUGACGAAGAAGAUGACGGUGAUCUUUACCAGUGCUCUAUUUGUGGGAACAGCUACAGCAGCAUGAGGGCCCUCAGGAGCCAUCUCCGAGGACACACUCAAUCCCAGUGCACUGCCGCCACCAGCUCCGGGCCCUCGUCCAUGUCCUCCCAUGAGGAAGCGAGAGAGGACGAGUCAGAGGAAAUGAUGAUCUGCAGCACCUGUGGAGAAAGCUUUGCCAGCAGACAGGACUUACUCACGCAUCAGGUUGUGCACAUCAAAAACUCAGAGGACAUCAUCAGUAAGCAUGACGAGCCAGGAGGCGAGGAGGAAGCGGAGAGCAUCAUAUGUGGUAGCUGCGGCAUCUUUUGCAGCAGCUACCAUCACCUUGAGAACCACAACUGCACAGCUAAGAGGAAAGAGGAAUCAACAGCAAAUAUUAAGGAAGAGGAUAUAAAGGCUAAGGAUGUACGAGAAGACAGGAGCAGGGAGGCUUCAAGGGAUCGUCGGCACAGGUGUGAUCAGUGCGGCCGCUCGUACAGACACGCCGGCUCCCUCCUGAACCACAAAAAAUCGCACAAGACUGGCGUGUUCAAGUGCCACAUCUGCCAGAAGCGCUUCUACAACCUGCUGGCUCUUAAAAACCACCAGAGGUCCCACUUUGAUGUCAAGAGGCACACUUGUCACGAGUGCGGCAAAGCCUUUAAAAUCCAGAAGCAGCUUUUGAACCACCUCAGGAGGCACAAGGAGAACCGGGCCAAGAUCCAAGAACUGAAUGACCAAAUUCAGGCCCUGAUGCAGUUGAACAGGACCGGGUUUGAGGAUGAUGCCAGAGAAAGGCAGGAACAAAAGAGACCGGAUGUCGGAGUCAAAUCAGAGGACAUGGGUGACCGGCGACCGUUUGCAUGUGAGCAGUGUGGGCGCACGUAUCGUCACGCAGGAAGUCUGGUCAACCACAGGAAGUCCCAUAAAACAGGCCAGUAUUACUGUUCUGUUUGCAACAACGCUUACUCCAAUCAGCUGGCAAUGAAGAACCACUUACGCACACACUUUGCCAAUAGAAAGCAUUCUUGCCAAAAGUGUGGAAGAGGCUUCAGAGGUAAGAAGCAGCUCUCAGCCCACAUUUGUGCAGACUCCCGAAAGGGCGGGAGGCGGAGCUCGAGGCAGAGAGCUUCAAAGUGCAAACAAUGUAAACAGACGUUUCCUACUGCUGACCAACUGACGGCCCACACCUGCGGCAGAUCUCCGCGAAGCGGCAGUGCACAAGCAAACGGUAAAGAGGAGCGGGCGUUCACGUGCAACAUAUGCCAACGCAGCUAUCGCCACGCAGGCAGCCUUCUCAACCACAAGAACACCCACAAGACGGGACACUUCACCUGCACCUUCUGCUCCAAGCCCUUCACCAACCCUAUGGCGCUGCGCAAUCACACACGCAUCCACACGCAGAAGAAGAAGUACACGUGCGUCACAUGUGGGAAGGCCUUCCGUCUGGCCAGCAUCCUGCACAACCAUCAGAAGGUGCACGUCCGAGCGGACGGACACUUCAGCUGCUCGGCGUGCGGGAAGAGCUUCCAGGGAAGGUCGGGCCUUAAGAGGCACCGAUGCAGGAGAGGUGAGGCAAGCAGCAGCGUCCAGCAAGGAGAGAACACGGACAAGUGCUUCACGUGUGACCUCUGCGGCCGCUCCUACCGCCACGCCGGCUCCCUCCUCAACCACAAGAAGACGCACUCAGAAAACCUCCACCACUGCACCUUGUGCCUGCAGACGUUCCCGGACCCCCUCACGCUGCAGAUCCACUCCCAGAUGAGGCGCCAUUGCUGCCCGGACUGCGGCAAGACCUUUUGUCUGGUCUCGCACCUGCAGAGCCACAUGGAGACGCACUCCAAAGUGCGCUCCGGGCGCCACGCAGCCGAGGGAGAGCCUGAAGAAUUGGGCUGGGACUUGGCGGCUUCCAAGGAGGUGCCCCCGCCUUUAUCCCAUCUCCCCGAAAGCGACGCGGCAGAGAAGGAGGAGAAGAGCCACGUGUGCGAGCACUGCGGUCGCACUUACCGCCACGCCGGCUCUCUCCUCAACCACAAGAACAGCCACAAGACGGGCUCCUUCUCCUGCGCCGUGUGCUUCAAGGAGUUCACCAACCUGAUGGCCCUCAAGAACCAUCGACGCAUUCACACGGAACCCAAACGCUACCAGUGUCUGGAGUGCGGGAAGGCGUUCCGCGUGUCCACGCAGCUCAUUUGUCACCGCAGGAUCCACAGCAAAGAAAGACCAUUUAGCUGCUUGCUGUGCGACAAGAGCUUCUCCAGCAAGUCCAACCUGAGGCACCAUGAGAGGAUGCACCAGAACCAGCAGUCCUUUGACUCCGCCUCUUUUAGCUGGGACGCUAACACCUUCAUGGGCUUGGACAUGAUGGGCUCCUUCCUUUGAGCAACAUUUUACCUCCGAUUAUUUCAAGCAGGACUUUUGGACCUAAAAGAAACUCUUAACGUCAAAUACCUCCUAGUUGGUUGUUGGAAAACUCCUAAAUAGCUCUUCUAGUACUACUACUACUAACAUUACCCUUCAAGUCCAUGGUUCUAUGCUAAAAGCAUCUUCUUUAUUUAUCUACUGUACUUGUAUGUGUGUGGAAGUAGGAGGACUCUCUAUGAAUGUUGUCUUCUGUAGCUUUUGACAAACUGGAUGGCAGGAAUGAACACAAACAAAACAAAACAAGAAGUCUGUCCUUUUUAUCCACAGUGGCAAAGCAAGAGUCCUAUUGUUUUUGGAUGAGCCAUCAGAAGUUACAUUGGUGCAUUUACUUGCUUUUCUUCAGUUUUCCCUGUCAAAGCGAGCACUUCAUUGAUGUUAGCCGAUAGCCAACGUAAGUCGACUAAAAUGAGCUAAUGUCAUUUAUUUGUUUUUAAACUUCCGGGGUUUGUCUUUUUAAGGUAACAACUUUUUUUUUUUUCCAUUUUGAACUGACUUCUCGGUACACACAAAUGUAGUACUUUUGUACUACCUGACCAAGUGUUAUGUACAUGUUUUAAUAUGUUUAAGUAACUGUUGAGGUGUUAUUGUGUAAAAGUUGACUGUACUAAACUUCACACAAUACAGUGGCUGUAGAAUAUAAAUACACCCUUAAAAAACAUGUUUUGGUAUCAUUGAAAUAGAAAUAAAUCUUACAUCAUUUAAAUAUGUUUUUAAAAUAUUGUUGUAGACAUUUAAAUUAUAAUAGGCAUAGAAUAAAAUAUUUUUCAUUAUAUUUAAAAAUGUUACGACCUGUAACUGCUACAUUUCUAUUUAAAUUGGUGCUGUCAAAUGAUUCACGUUUUUAAACGGAUUAAUCACACUUGAAAUUGGAUUAAUCAUGAUUAAUCACAGGUUUAAAUUUAAAUGAACUAAAUAACAUUUUUUUAAAAAGAGCCCAAUAUUUGGACACAAAUGCAAUUUUAUUAUCAGAAUCUCACCCAGGAACAAUUUUAAAUGUAUUACUUAAUAUUUGGUAAAAAAACUUGGUAACAAUUUUAUCUAAAGCACAGUCAGGGUGUAUUUUGAAGUGAACUUUUCCAGCGAGUACAACAGUCGAUGUCUCUUUAAUAAUGUUUGCGCUAAUUUAUUGACCAGGGGCCUCAUGUAUUAAGUGUUGAGUGGAUUUCCUACAAAAAAUUGACAUACGUUCAAAUCCAGAAAACAGCGUACGCAAGAAAAAAAAGUGUGUGAAAGCACAAAUCCAAGCUUUUUUCUUUGUUUCGUCGCAAUCAACGUGGUAUUGAUUGGCUGGGCACGCCCGGGCCACUCCCCCUUAAUCAAUAUGCGAGUCAUAAUGAAAUUAACCAUGUGCCUGGGAUGUGCACGCGCUGCCCAAUCAAAAUUCAGUAGGAGGUGCUUUUUUCUUAUGUUUCCAGCUAAGGAAAGAGGGUUGAAUGGAAAAGCGUGUGUGAGGCUGUCGAUGAGUCAGAACUGCACACAGGAACAAAUAAAUGCGUGGUACAACAUCAACAAGAUGCAUAUGCAUGGCCAACACAGGCGAGUGUAGCGGAGAUAAAAUAGUGUUGCGGCAGUUUAAAUAGUCGCUGCGAUGUAGAAGAGGGAAAGUGACUCUGAUUACCUCCAAUAUAAAUCUGAUUUGUGUAACUGACAACAAAAUGUGUUCAUACAGUAGCCUGCUCGCAGCCAGAUUAGAGUUUCAUGUGAAACUUAAGUAAUAUUUGGUGUACAAUCUUUUAAUUUAAACAUGGCAGCAUGGUGCUUAGAGUGUCCGCCCUGAGAUCGGUAGGUUGUGAGUUCUAAUCCCGGCCGAGUCAUACCAAAGACUAUUAAAAUGGGACCCAUUACCUCCUUGCUUGGCACUCAGCAUCAAGGGUUGGAAUUGGGGGUUAAAUCACCCAAAAAUGAUUCCUAAGCGCGGCUGCUGCUCACUGCUCCCCUCACCUCCCAGGGGGUGAACAAGGGGAUGGGUCAAAUGCAGAGGACAAAUUUCACCACACCUAGUGUGUGUGUGUGUGUGUGAGACUAUCGUUGGGACUUUAACUUGUUUGAUUAUUCAAUUUAUUAUUAUAACAUAGGAGAGCUUCUUGCAGUAUCAGCCACCUGACACAAAGCUAAAUGAAUAGACAUCCUCAUUAAUACUUAUAUGAAGCAUUGAAUGCAUUGGUGAAUAAGUGAAUUUAGGUCCCUUGCCUCAGUCUUUUUUGUUUUACAUUGUUGAAGUCAAAGGCCGGAGGACCACGUCUGUGUAGGGCUACAGUAUCCCCUGCGUGUGGAAAUGUGCGUACGUGAAGCGUGACGUUGGCGAGAGGCAGCGCACAUUUCAAGUUCACUCUUGAUACAUUUCAACUUUGCCGCGAAAAAGGGUUUACGGCAGGUUUUUGGGUGUGCACAAGCUUAAUGCAUGAGGCCCCUGAUCACUGAGGGGCUGCACAUCUCCCCUCAGCCUUUCAGGUAACCAAGUAGAGGAGUAUGUGUGGGCCAAAUAGAUUGCCUGAUCAAUAAAUACACGAUAGUUUUGUGUGAUUAAACACGAGUAAACUUGUUUUUGACAGCCCUAAUUUAAAUGUGUACACUGUAUAUAAACACAGCGGUGUGCUCGCUUUCUGUACUUUUUUGUCUUAUUGACGAUUACGGUCUUGACCCGAAUGCAAGACGACUAUUUUUCAAAGACAUUUAUUUUAAUUGUUAUUAAAAAAAAAAACUCUGACUCGUUUAGCACCCCCCCCCCUCGUUGAAUGAAUCUAUACAGCAUACAAAAUUACUCAUCUUUUUCAGACUUUUUUCUCAGGCAAAAACUGCGUCUUACGUUGGGGUCCGUAGGGCAUUUCCCGCAUGGAUAUUUCAAAGCACAAGGAGGACCAAUCUGAGAAAGAUGUGCAGUUAUUGGCUUUUGUGCCUCGACAAUUUUUUAUUUUUUUUUUAAACAUUAUUUUUCCUGCCUUAUAUUUGCCAGUGCUUGUACAUAUGAAAUACCUCGUUGUAGGCUGUAUUGUAGUACAGUAUAGUAGUAAGACACUGUCCACAGAGCAGUUUGCAGCGUGAGAUUGUUUUGCACCUUUGGUGGAGGCCAGUAAAGAAAUAAUGCAGCCAACAUGACCUUUUUGUUAGCUCUUCUACUGCAGCAGUACAUUCAAAGUAUUCAAGACUGUUGUUUUUACUAUUAUUUGUCAUCUGAGUGUCAUUCGAAUUCACCUUGGUAGCCUACUUGCAAAGCAACACAUGCACAUUAAAACUAAUAAUUAGUUUAUUUUUGCUUUAAUGUUUCCUACACCUGUUAUUGUUUUGACAGCGCAAUACAAUGAAGUAUCCACUUGACGGUUGUGAUAGUUAGUCUCGUAAAAAGAUGGAGAAAAAAACCCAGCCAUGUAAUGGAUUUUGCUCAGUAUUGAAGUCAUAUUUCUAUACUAUUUUGUCACUGAAGUGUAGAUUUCUACAUCAUUUAGAAU